AUGGUGUCAAAUCUUCUAGACACCGCCCGAGGCUGGUGGGCUUGGGCCUUCACGCCCGUCGUACCGGUCCUCGAUACUUCCGGGUCGGCGUGCCAGGAGCUCGUGGAAGGACUUCGAAAAGACAAUUUACUAGAGCUUUUGAUCGAAGAGGGCCGGGAAGGACACGAAUUGGAAGCCUGCAUUCUCAUCAUAAAAUACUGGCUCGGUGAAUGCUGGAAUCAUCACAGCAUAUGCCAAAGCGAGCCAGAGGGCUGGGUCCCCGAGCUCCCCCGCCGCCUCAUCUACCUGGGCGAGCUUUCGACAACCAGCGUUGAGGAGAUCAAGAUCAUAGACACGGAGGACCACGCCAACUUCCAAUACAUCGCCGUGAGCUACAGGUGGCCGAUGUGCCUAUCCCCAAAUCAGCAAUUAAAUGAGGACACGCGAGAUGCGUUUUACAGUGGCUACCCGGUUUCACGCCUUCAUCCUUUGUACGCGGACACUUUUAAGGUGGCGGCCAUGCUCGGUAUCAAAUAUGUGUGGAUUGACGCACUGUGCAUCCUGCAAGGCACUGACCAAGACUGGUGCGCUGAAGCCUCCAAAGUAGCCUCUGUCUACGGGAACUCCAUCUUCACACUUGCCUACGGGGAUGGCCCCGAUAAGCCGGAUCUGGAACCUGGGUGCCGGUCCUACCAUGGAAGCUGCCGCCUGGAGGAAGCGGUCCGGGCUGCCUCGAGACCGUUCCUACAGGGGAAAUUGACAGAGUAUGACAGGAGAAGCCCAGAGGCUCUCUACCACUGGCUGGAGGCAAACGGCAACUUCCCCACGAGGCCGGAAGGCGAAAUCGACAGGCGAGGAUGGGCGUUUCAGGAAAGGCUGCUAUCGAGGAGGAUCCUCUCGGUGACUAAAGAUGGCUUCUUCUGGGACUGCUGCAGUCUCAACGCUGCCGAUUGCCGGCCCCUUGGGUUGCGAGGCGACUUUAGCCCCAAGUUCCGAGACUUGGAGGAGAGACGACUCAAGACGCCGCUGCUCACGGGAAACGCCAGCCGGGAAGUCGCUCUGGACAGCGACAUGUACUUUCUAUGGAGGCGAAUCAUUGAAAAGUACAGUCACCGAAACUUCACCUACGACAGAGAUCGGCUUGUCGCCUUAGAGGGCGUGGUCCAGCGUUUCCAGACCGUGAUCAAGGAACCGUGUUUCUUGGGGAUGUGGCAAGGCGAUGUGCUCCGGUCACUAGUAUGGUUCUGUGAUACAGACCCGGACAGCCCGUACCUGUCGAGAUCGAAUAACGACCCCUUUGAGCUCCGCGCCCCCUCAUGGUCCUGGGCGUCCGUGGAGUCUCCAAUUGGGUACCGGCUCUGGCAUCCGUACCAGAGAUAUGCUGCCCACAACAUCGAAAGCGUGACCCUCUGCGCGAAGCUGGAAGGGAUAGAUGCCAAAUUGGCGCCUGGUUCGUUCUCGACUUACACCGGCACUGUAUCCAUAACAGGUCCUCUCACGAAAAUUACCCCCGGAACGUUGGUGCGUCCGGGUUGCAAGGUGAUUCGAGAUUCGCAUCGUCCAGUGAACCGAUUUGUCUUCUCUCAACUUCAACAUGUCUACAUCCUGCCUAUUCUUAAGGCUGGAUAUUCCGCCAACUUGCAGGCGUACUAUUGCCUUAUCCUUGUCGAAGCCGGAUUGGACCUGUUCGGUCCGGGCAGGGCUGCUGGACCCAAGCCGGACUUUGGUUUGCAAAUGAACUUCGAGAUGAAAUUUGAGCGUGUCGGGCUCUUCGUUGUCGAUUGUGCUACAAGGCAUAAUCUCUGCUUCAACGACCCGUUCCUCUGCCCAAAUGAAGAAUGUAAGAAGAGAUUCAGUCUUACUAAUAAAGGCCAGAAGAAACGCCAUUUUACAGAGGCUCGCUGUUUGGGAAGAACAAGCUUUCUUCGCAUCGUCUAG